GAAAGUCUGAAAUUCUCCACAGUGGCGACGAUGCUGUAAAGGAGAAGAUAACUCACUAAAGGGUAUUUCAAAAAAAAAAAGAAACAACAACUUCAGAGCAGCAGACAGUCAAGAUGACAGCCAUCGAGAGCAAAGAGGAGAUCAGUGACACUGACAGUGGGAUUAUCUUGCACUCUGGCCCAGACAGCCCCACAUCCCCAGUGAAGGACCUGACCACCCACACCAGAGCCCUGAAACUGAAGCACCAGUCUCUGGAGGAGCGUCUGGAGCUAUGUCUGCUGGAGCUCAGGAAGCUCUGCAUCAGGGAGGCAGAGCUGACUGGUAAACUGCCCUCAGACUAUCCUCUGAUGCAUGAUGAAAAGCCACCUCGUGUCAGGAGGAGGAUCGGAGCUUCCUUCAAGCUGGAUGAAGAUCUGAUCCAUCUGAAUAAAGAGGAUUCAGAGUUGCAAGAACUGGAGACUGGCUUGGCUCUUCAGCUGCAGAUUUAUGAGGCAGCCCGCAAACUCUCUCUGGAAGGGAACCUCAGCAAACCCCAGAAGAAGAGCCGUCUGCAGCAGUGCAAGAGGGAGGAGAAGAAAGUGAAGGAUCUGCAGGAGGCCGUGUUACAGCACAGGAUCAAGAGCGAGUGUAACUCACCGUGCAUCAGCGUUGCAACCAGCCAAAACAAAGAUCUGAGCAUGUCUGAUGACAGCUCCCUGUCUGAUGUGGUGGCCCUGGAUGAUGAUGUGGACUCGCCUAGCCCUCUUUCUCCUCCAGUUUUGGGCACCUCCUAUUCGGACCCCCUCCAGCUAUCAGCCAAAACCCUGCAGUCGUCCCAGCAGUCAGCGAGUCAACUCAGUGCGGAGUACGAACGCUCUCCCAUCCAGAACUCCCCGUGGAAAGAGUCUAGUCUGGACCAGCCAUACAACAAGGCUACCAAACCUCAAUCUGCUUGCAGCAGCAGGUCCAGUAGUCCAGUGGGAACCCAGGUGCCUGCAGACAGCCGCAGUAUGCCUCUCUCUCAGUUUAUCAAGAACUCAGCGCUGCGUCACAACCACUCCACCAGCGCCCCCUCCACCCCAGAGCUGCAUGUACGCCGACAGUACUCCCAGUCCUUCAGACUUCCCAAAAGUAAGCCAUCUGCUGAUGUGGAUCGAGGGCGAGCCAGGCUGCCGCAGCGGCACUGUGCAGCUGAUUUCAUGGUGCGUUCUCCAGAGUACUCUCCCCUGCGUCCAUACCAGUCCAGCUCUGAGGACAGCAGCUCGGAGCACUCCUCCUCCUCCUACAUGAGCUCGCCUGGCAGGGAUGGACCCACUGAAAUCCCAAAGCUCUGCCCUCCACCUUACGGAUUCCACUUUGCGCAGAAGAAAGAGCUCAACUUCCCCAGCUCACACAAGAACAUCAACCAGUUACAGCCCGGUCCCGGCUACAUCAGGGCCACAAUGGAGGACGGCCCCCUUUCCCCUCGGGACCUGGACGAGGGAAAGUGCUAUCUGUCCUCCCCUCCUGUGGCUUGCAGCCUUCAUCAAAGACAGUGGCAGGAGGGAGCAUCAUCCCAAAGGAGAGUGUUGAAGCCCCCCCCGCCUUACAACAGGCUGGUGAGAACCCCCUCACUGAAGGAGUAUCCAAACCAUGCCAUCCGGCUGAUGCCCAGAGAGAUCGUGUCGGAGGAGCUGAAAUCCUGGCACUAUAGAAAUCAGCUCCAGAAGUUACGGCCAAGCUGUGUGGAACAAUGUGUCAAGAGCCCCACUUCACCUUACCUGCCUUCAUUUAGACAGGGUAUGGGGAAUGUGAUUCUCCAGAGAGCUGCAGAUGGGACUCCAGUCCAGUGGUUUGUUGCGGAGGAUGCUGAAAUCGUGAGCCAGGUGUAG